AUGUCGUCAUCAUCAAAUACCCUCCCAAUUGAUAAUAACGAACAAAACUCUUCAAAUGAAAUCUCAAAUAAUGAGAAAAAAGAAUUCUUAAUGAAAUGUUGUAUAUAUUUUGAAGAAACAAAUUUUAUCUAUCCAUUACCAUGUAGUCAUAUAUAUCAUGCUACUUGUCUCGAAGCUCAUUUAAAAAAUAAAGAUAAUUCAAAUAAUAUUUCAAAAGAUGAAGAAAUUUUGAAAAGAUGUCCUCUUUGUAAUAAUGUACUCACAAAAAAAGAAACAGAUUCAAUAAUAAAACAUAUUGAUAAAAUGAAAAAAUUAAAAUUAAAACGAAGUAUUGAUGAAUCAGAAAUGUAUAACAAAAAAUUUCAACAAGAAAUUAGAUUAUUAGAUAAAAAAAAAGAAUUAAAAAUAACUAAAAAUAAAAGAAAAUUUAAAGAGCUGAAAGAAAAACUUCUUAAUGAAUAUAAAAAUAAUUUAAAAAAAUUAGAUGAUGAUGAAAAUAUCAGUUUUGAAAAAAUUGAUCAAGAUACUGAAAAUGAAAAAACUAGAUAA